UCCACUCCUCCUCUCCAUCCUCUCCGGCCGGCCAAGCCACAUCCGAGAGAGACAGCUACAUUAUCGCCGCAGGCUGGCCGGGUGAGAGAUUGAGCUCGAUCGGGCGGCGAUCAUAUCGAUCGGAUGGGAGGCCGUAGUAGCUACAAAACAUAGCAAAUCAACGCGGUUCAAUUCUCUCGGUCGCUGUUGGUGGCGGGUGGAGGUGGUGGCGGUUACGGUGGAGAAAGGCGCGCGGGAGAGCUGGGCGGCCAAUCGGGAAAGGGCACGAGGAGAUCCAGGGCUCCCCGGAUUUCAGCCUGCAGACUUUGCCCGCAAUCCAUCCGCCCGCCCGCCCUUUCCGCGCACACACCGGCCCUCUAUCAUCUAUCUAUCUAAUCGGUCGGUGUCCGUCUUCAUCCCCAUCCGUGCGUGUCCCUCUCUCGGUCUCUAGCUCCCCUUAAUUCCCUAGCUAGCUUCCUCCCUCCCCGGCGAAAGCGAGCUAGCUGGGUAGAGAAGGGGCGUGCGUUGCUUGCCUAUAUAGCUUGUGUGUGCAUCGACCAGAACGGCGUGAUCAAGCGCGAGGCUGCAGCCUAGCUACGAGUUGGUGUGGUAAGAGUUAGCUGGACCCCCUAGCACUAUGUGCAUGCUCUUAUCUUCUUCUUCGUCUCUGUCGUCUUCUCUUGCGUGCCCUUCCUGCGCACGCUCCCGCCGUGCGGCCUGCAGGGCGUAAAAGGUUCUUCUGUCAGGCGUUAAUUUGUGGGGCACUGGUUGCAUUUGGGUUUGGGCCAAGGCUGCCUGGCCUUCUGAUCUCUCUUGGGAUCGAGGGUACGUCGGUGGCUGCGCGUGCAUAGCUGCACACCGGAAGAAGAAGAAGAAACACGGGCUGGCACAGGCGCAACAGCUGACCGUGCUGCGCGUCUGUGAUAGGUGGAGGCGUGCGCUGAGGCUUGUGUCCUCCCUGUAGUGCAAUUGGAACAAGAUGGACACUUUCUCCCAUGUUCCCCCCGGUUUCCGGUUUCACCCUACCGACGAGGAGCUUGUCGAUUACUACCUGAGGAAGAAGGUAGCGUCAAAGAAGAUUGACCUCGAUGUUAUAAAAGACAUUGAUUUAUACAAAAUCGAGCCUUGGGAUCUCCAAGACAAGUGCAAGAUCGGCAUGGAGGAGCAGAGCGACUGGUACUUCUUCAGCCACAAGGACAAGAAAUACCCGACAGGCACUCGCACAAACAGGGCAACAGGCGCCGGGUUCUGGAAGGCGACAGGGAGGGACAAGCCCAUCUACACCAACAACUGCCUAGUCGGCAUGAGGAAGACGCUCGUUUUCUAUAAGGGCCGGGCACCCAACGGGCAGAAGUCUGACUGGAUCAUGCAUGAGUACCGCCUCGAGACCAACGAGAACGGAGCCACACCCGAGGAAGGAUGGGUGAUCUGCCGGGUGUUCAAGAAGCGAGUCGCGACGGUGCGAAGGAUGGCAGACAGCUCGCCUUGCUGGUUCGACGACCAUGGCAGUGGCGCCUUCAUGCCGGACCUGGACUCACCGAGGCAGCUCGGGUACCAGCACCGCCACCACCAAAACAUGGCGACGUACCACGGCCAGCAGCAGCUGUACCACUGCAAGCCGGAGCUGGAGUACCACCACCUCCUGCCACAGGAGGCCUUCCUGCAGCAGCUUCCUCACCUGGAGAGCCCCAAGCCUCCGGCCUACAUUGGCCAAGGUAGCAGCAACAUCCUGUCAACGACAGGCAACCUCCUCGCACAUGAUGGUGGAGCAUCCAGGCCCAGCGUGCAGCAACCACCGAUGGAUCAGUCGCUUUACAUGGCUGCCGCUGGUGAUACGUCGGCAACCGACUGGAGGCUCCUCGACAAGUUCGUCGCGUCCCAGCUGUUCAGCCAUGGCGAUACCAAUCCCAAGGAGCAGCUGUUUCAGGUUGAGAACAAGCAUGAAGAUGCCUUGGACUACGCUUCCACGUCUGCCGGUGGCUCUGGCGGAGGCGAGUCGAGGUUGUGGAAAUAGCUUCCACAAACAAACCAAAACUCCAUUGGACACCCCACACAAUUUAUACCAUCCAGAUUUGAUCUAGUGUACAAAUAUAGCCGGCCAGAUAUGUCAUAUAUAGUAUGUCAUGGUAAUGGUAUACAUGCAUACAUACACAUAAUAAAUACGUAACCGAAGUGGUUGUGUAUUAUAUAUUAUUUGACAUCAGGUCUCUGUAUCUGAUGUUAAUAAGGUAGCUGAAAGCAGAAGCCAAGGGGCUUCAGUGACUGACUUGACCGUUUUGUAAAAAUAGUCAAGUUGUUGAUGGACAUCUAUUUUGUGCAGUCCAUCAUUCAAAACGGCAGCUAUGGUUGCUGCUGAUGCAUCAACAAUGUUUAUGAA